GGGAGGGGUCCCGAGGUCACCGCGGGGUCACGGGGGGGUCACGGGGACCCUCCCGGUACCGGCCCCGGCCCCAGGGGACUUUUAUUGCGGCGAGGGGCGUGGUCCGUGACGUCACGGGGCGUGUCCGGGCUCUUAUCGCGGCGGGGGCUCCGCGCGCUGCUUAGUCACGGCCCCCCCCCCGCCCCCCCGGCCCCGGGGCCGCGGCGUCAACCGCCCCUCCAUCACCCCAUAACCCAUUCCCAGCCUCCCCUCCAUCGCCCCGGGCCCUCUCUCCAGCCGCCUCCCUCCGCCAUGUCCUGCCCGUCCCCGCCUGCCCCGGAGCUCCCGGCCGAGGUGACGCCGUCGCCGGGCCCCUCCUCGCUCUCGCGGAGCCGCUUCACGCUCUCCGAGCACCCGGCGGCGGCGCUGGCGGCCAUGAACGAGCUGCGGCUGCAGGGGCAGCUCUGCGAUGUCACCCUGCGCGUGCGGCACCGCCGGGACCUGCCGCCCACCGAGCUGCGGGCGCACCGCGUGGUGCUGGCGGCCGCCAGCCCCGUGUUCCGGGCCAUGUUCACGGCGGGGGCUGCGCGAGCGGGCCUGGCCGAGGUGCCCAUCGAGGGCGUGCAGCCCGGAGCCAUGGAGGGGCUGGUGGAGUUCGCCUACACGGCGGCCGUGGCCGUGGGCGAGCGCUGCGUGCUGCCGCUGCUGCACGGCGCCCUCAUGUACCAGGUGGAGCCCGUGGUGGGCGCCUGCUGCGCCUUCCUGGGCCGGCAGCUGCACCCCAGCAACGCCAUCGGCAUCGCCGCGCUGGCCGAGCGCCUGGGCUGCCAGGAGCUGCUGCAGAGGGCCCGCGAGUACAUCUACAUGAACUUCGCUGAGGUCUCGAAGCAGGAGGAGUUCCUCUCCCUCUCCCACUGCCAGCUGGCCGCGCUGCUCAGCCGGGACGAGCUCAACGUGCGCUGCGAGUCCGAGGUGUUCCAGGCGUGCGUGGCGUGGGUGCAGCAGGAACCGGGGGCGCGGGCGCCCUUCCUGCCGGCGCUGCUGCGCGCCGUGCGCUGCCACGCGCUCACCCCGCGCUUCCUGCGCGCCCAGCUCCGCCGCGACCUGGGCCGCGACGCCCUGCGCUACCUGGCGCGGGUGUUCCGCGAGCUGGCGCUGCACCGGCCCACGCCGGGGCACCCCCCGUGCAGGACGCCCAGGGUCAGGCAGCUCAUCUAUGCAGCCGGGGGGUACCUGAGGAGGUCGCUGAGCACGCUGGAGGCGUUCGAUCCCGAGCGGGGGAGCUGGCUGAGGCUGGCGGAGAUGGGGACGCCGCGCUCGGGGCUGGGCGGGUGCGUGGUCGGGGGGAUUUUCUACGCCGUGGGCGGGAGGAACAACUCGGCCGAGGGGAACACGGACUCGGCGGCCGUGGAGUGCUACAACCCCGUGAGCGGGCGCUGGGCGCCCUGCGCCGCCAUGAGCGUGCCCAGGAACCGCAUCGGGCUGGGCGUCAUCGACGGGCUCAUCUACGCCGUGGGAGGGUCCCAUGGGUGCACGCACCACUGCUCCGUGGAGAGGUACGAGCCCGAGCGGGACGAGUGGGCGCAGGUGGCGCCCAUGGGCACGCGGCGCAUCGGGGUGGGGGUGGCCGUGCUGCACCGCCUGCUCUACGCCGUGGGCGGCUUCGAUGGCAGCGCCCGCCUGAGCUCGGCCGAGCGCUACCACCCCGAGAGGGACCAAUGGCAGCCGAUCCCGCCCAUGGCCACCGUCCGCAGCGGCGCAGGGGUGUGCGCCCUCGGGAACUGCCUGUACGCCAUGGGGGGCUACGAUGGCACCCAGCAGCUCAGCAGCACCGAGCGCUUCCAGGCCGACACCGAGACCUGGAGCUUCGUGGCACCCAUGGGGCACCGGCGGAGCGCCCUGGGGGUGACGGCCUUCAGGGGCAGGAUCUACGUCCUGGGGGGCUACGACGGCCACUCCUUCCUGGACUCCAUGGAGUGCUACGACCCCGCGGGCGACGCCUGGACCGCGGUGACGCCGCCGAUGCCGUCGGGGCGCAGCGGGCUGGGCGUGGCCGUCACCAUGGAGCCCUGCCACGCCCAGGAGCCCCCCCCCGAGGACGAGGAGCCCCCCCCGGCCGGGCCCUGCUGACCCCGGCGCCGCCGGGGGGGGCUGGGGUAGGGUGGGGGGGGGGCGGCUCUGGAUGCAGCCAAAAUUCUGGAAUUUUCCCCCAAAAAAACCCCUCCCAAACCCAUCCCCCCACCGGCGGCAUGGGGGGGGCACCAAGACCCCCCCCCCCAAAAAAUAAAGGUCACAGGACUUUUCCCUCCCCGUCCUCAAGGUGAA